UCUGUCUUAUACCAUCAUCUUGUUUCACAAAAAUUCUUGAAAGCAGUCACUCCUACCAUGUCAAAUGAAGACCCUGCUAUGAAAAUAAGAGUCGCAGUUUUGACAGGUUCGUUAAUUGUCCUCAAGAACGUGUCGCAUGGUAAUUGGGCUGGGCUACGCAGUCAGUGACCGCGGUUCCGCCGCGAAUUCUGAUCCAACCUACGACAAGUCCGGUCCAGCUAUCCAAGAAAUGUUAGCAGCUUACCCCGCGUUUUUAUGCACGGAUCAUGCCAUCGUCCCAGAUGACAUUCAGACGAUCCAGGACGCUGUGAGGAAAUGGGUUGCUGACGAAGAAACACAUUGGAUUAUAACCACUGGAGGAACAGGUUUUGGUCCAAAGGAUCGAACGCCCGAGGCAGUAACACCUCUUCUUACGCGGCCUGCGCCAGGGUUGGUCCAUCUUCUACUUUCCUCCGGCUUAAGGCAUACGCCAAUGGCAGCACUGUCGCGACCUGUAGCUGGUACAAUCGCCCGCCGAUCGUCUAGCAUGAACUCAGACCGGGAUGUUAGCUCCGUUAGCGAAUCCGGUCACGAAACACUUAUUGUUACACUACCGGGCUCACUCAAAGCCGUGCGUGAAAGCCUUUCUAUCCUAUUAGACAGCGGGGCCAUCGUUCAUGCUGUGGAACUAAUGAAAGGCGGGGAUGGAAGUGGGAGUGGUCAAGGUGUGCAUGGCGCCAUGGAACCCGAAUCUCCACACGGGCAUGGGCAUGGACAUAGGCAUCAUGGAGGUCAUCGUCAUGACCAUGACCAUAAUCAUGGAAAUCGACGUGGAGGAAGACCUUUUCACAGUGAAAGCCCCAACCAUCACCAUCAUCACCACGGAAAUCAUAGGAUUUUAUCGCAUGAUCCAUCCGAAGCCGUAUCCACACGCCAUCGAACAUCACCGUACCCUUUAGUAUCAUUCAAAGACGCGCUCGACAUCAUUCACCAAUCCCUUGAUCCUCUCCCAAUUGUUACCCUCCCUGUCAACGCUUUUCUCCGCGGUCAUAUCCUAGCUGAGGACGUCUAUGCUUCCUCAGAUUAUCCUCCAACAAAGACGACGAGUGUGGAUGGCUACGCUUUGAGAGCUUCUGAUCCCGCUGGGUCAUAUACUGUUCUGACGUCGUCAUCACAUCCACAUCUUCUAUCUCCCACAAGCACAGAAGAACUACCAGAAGGUUGUAUAUAUCGCAUAAAUACUGGAGGUGCACUUCCUCGUGGAGCGGACACUGUAAUCAUGGUAGAAGAUACUAAACUGGUAGCGACAUACCCCGAGGCUCCUUCCUCCGAUGACACUACUGGAGGCCAACCUGGCGAGGAAUGGAAAGUCGAAACCUUGAUUCCUGCACCUCCGUCUCGCUUCAACAUACGUCAACCGGGAUCAGACGUUCGUCAAGGUGAUCUGGUUAUGCGGAAAGGUGAGAGGAUUACCAGUGGUGGAGGGGAGAUCGGAAGCUUGAUUUUCAUCGGAAAGAAGGAGGUCAAGGUCUUCAAGAAGCCUAUUGUUGCUUUAAUGAGCACAGGAAAUGAAAUCCGGGACAUAUUGGGGUCAAUCUCGUCAGGAAGUGGUGAAGGAGACUGGAAAUCAUGGGACACUAAUCGACCGUCGCUCACUGCUGCACUGGAAGGAAUGGGAUACGAGGUGUUAGAUCUUGGGAUUGUUCCUGACGAAAUCGACGCUCAUGUACAAGCACUUCAAGAUGGUCUUGCACGCGCAGACAUUAUCCUUACAACCGGUGGAACAUCGAUGGGCCCUACGGACCUGCUCAAGCCCGUCAUUGAACGGAAGCUAGGCGGCGAAGUGAAGUUCGGUCGGGUCAGCAUCAAGCCGGGGAAGCCUACUACGUUUGCCAUUAUCCCGGUUGAUGCGUCGAACAAUGCUUCUGGCGAUACGUCGAAGAUGUUCAAACCGUUGUUUGCGCUUCCUGGGAACCCAGCGUCGGCGUUGGUAACUUUCAAUGUUUUUGUAGUCCCUGCUCUGAGAAAGCUGGGUGGCUGGGAGUUUUCUGGCGUUGGCUGUCAACUUCCUAGAGUGAGGGUUGAGCUUCAACAAUCAAUGCUAUUGGAUUCCCGAACGGAAUUUCACCGCGUCAUCCUACGAUCUGGUCUCGAAGAAGGAUGGAGACUGAAAGCGUACAGUACGGGCGGUCAACGAUCGAGCCGAGUAGCGAGUUUGAGCGGGGCCAAUGGGCUUAUCAUUCUUCCACAAAAGGGAACCGGCGACAAGGACGAACUCAAAAACGGGGAGACUGCUGAGGCAAUUGUGAUUGGUGAAAUCCUCAAUUAGUUGAAGUUCUAAUACGCUGUAUAGAACGUAUGGAAUGAUUAAUUGAUCAGGAUUAAUCAUAAAAGUAGCGAUUUCUCUGAGCAGUACUACAACCGACGUGAAAUAUGUAUUUAUCCUCUUUAGAGGUUGAAGGGUUUAGUAGACCCAGUUUUUUCGAAAUUAGCCAUCCCUUGUCAUCGGUUUUUAGUC